GUCGGAUACGCACUCCCUGCUCUGCUCUGCUCUCCCUCUGCACCUCUGCUCAUAUAAACCCCGACCCAACGGAAGCAAAGAAACGCACAGCUCCCACUCUCCUCACUCCACACCAGCGCACCCACCCAAGAACCGCAAAGCCACGACCACGAUCGAGAGCAGAGCACCCCAUGGGGGCGAGGCAGCGCGGUGAGAGAGGCGGUAUGCCGACGACGACCACGAGGUCGAGGCUGGCGGACGCGUCGUCGUGGUGCCUCGCGCUGUCGGCGCUGGCGGCGCUGCUGCUGGUGUGCUCGCUGGGGGAGACGACGGAGGCCGUCACCGUGCGGGGCGCGUCGCUGUCGGCGCGGUGGCGGCCGUGCGAGGAGAUCUACGUGGUGGCGGAGGGCGAGACGCUGCACGGCAUCAGUGACCGGUGCGGCGACCCCUACAUCCUGGAGCGCAACCCGCACGUCCACGACCCCGACGACGUCUUCCCUGGCCUCGUCCUCAGGAUCACGCCCUCCAGCCCCAGGCCGUCCGUCCCCGCUAGCCCCCCGUAGGUAGGCCACAAGAAAGAAGAGACUGGUUGUUCUGGAGAAUCGUUCCAGUUCGCUACGAUGAACUCUGAAUCUCUGAUUUGCGAGCAACCUCGGUACUCCUAGUACUAAACUACUACUAAUAGUACAGAAUAGUUCAGUGAUGGAUGAUAUAAGCCUUGUUCCUUUGUACUCCUUUCGUUCCUAAAUUAUAAGUUUUUUUUUAAGCUUUCAUUAA